AAUUGCGGACGACAGGACCAACGAAGUUAACGCCAUUUUCUGUGUUUGCGGGAGUAACUUAACGCGAAUUUGAGGAAAUGUUUUAAAUAUAAAUUCUCCAAGUUUUAAAGUGGUGCUCUUGUGAAUUAGUGUUAUGUUUGGAUACAAGUUCCGUCAAUUAUUUGAUAUGGUGACGAGAGAACGGUGAGUCGAAGGCUGGCCAGAGUGUAUAAAAAAACUCCGGCGAGAGAAUGCCGCUUCCAAAACGGUUGGUGGAACCCGUGCACGUUGCACGGGGCACCAUACCCGAGGACUUUCCUCUCCCAUCGGAAUUAGAAGCAGCGACAAACGGGACACUCGCCAAUACCAUAAGGCAACUGUCGAGUUUAUCGAGGCACGCCGAGGACUUAUUUGGGGAACUAGCCAAGGAGGCUCAUAGUUUAAGCGACAGAGCCAAUUCCUUACAAGCAAGGAUAGACAGGCUCGCUGUCAAAGUCACUCAACUUGACAGUAAUGUCGAGGAAGUUUCGUUGCAAGAUAUUCAUAUGAGGAAGGCCUUUAAGAGUUCGGUGGUAUUUGAUCAGCAAGUCGUCUCCAGGGAUACAAUGCCCACAGCGAUGCGAGAAACUUACCACCAAUGUGAUCCACCGCCACCUCUCGAUAAACUUAAUGUUUACAGGGACGAUGGAAAGGAUGGAUUGAAAUUCUACACCGAUCCCAAUUAUUUCUUUGACCUUUGGAGUCAAGAAAUGCUCAAGGACACGGAAAAGAAAUUACACGACAAAGGCAAAAAGCCGCACAAGACUCGGACUGACGGAAGUGGCGGAGGUGGUGGAAGAUACAAGAAACGCGUUAGACAACCACAUAAUACGAGAGAAAGACAACGACGAUUGGCUGAGGGCCAUGGCGAAUAUAUUAUGCCUGCUCAAGGUGUUCAGUAUCGAGCACCGCACAAUAUUCCAGAUGAGGCACUGCUGGGAAUGGUGAUGACGGAUCAAAGACCCCCAAGGCCCAAUAGCAUUGAAUUAAGGCGAAGCUAUCCACCUGAGGAACAUCAACUUUACAGUCCACCUACCUCCGAGCACUACAGAACGGGAAAUUAUGCAGUCCAAGGGUACGACGACAGUUUGUACAGUUCACAUUACGGUCCUGGACAAGGACAACCAGGUAGUGAGACGUAUCAAAGCCCAAGUGGUCCAGGUACGCCGAGCAGAGGAGGUCGCAAUAGACCCUCGCAACCUCCUCCAGCUCCCCCUAGCAAUGCUUCCAGUAAUUCUACUCCUACCAUAGCUUCUGCAAACAACACCCCCACGAGAGGACGAGCGACGAGCACCGCCAGGGAUACAUUGCCACCUCCACCGCCGCCUCCUGGUGAAACGAUGUCCCCACCCUCGAUGAACGGUUCCAUACCGUCGCAUUUAAUAAAUAGAAAUGGAAGUCGAUCAAAUAGUCCAUUACCGACACAUCAAACGACAGCGAAUCAACAGAAUCAUUUAAAUCAAAUGGGCAUCGAUGAACCUGAUCCGGCACCACAGGAUUUGCCGCCACCGCCUCCAACACCCGAUCCAACGCCCGUUAGACCAAAUUCACCGCCGUGUAAUAUUCCACCGCCACCUCCACCACCACCGCCUCUACCAAUAUCCAAUGGUCCAUCGCCACCCUUGCCAUUGACGAAUGGCGACAUUGCAAAAAUGAUUGCAAAUAAUCCGCCGAAAUUACGGCCUCUCAAGAAUAUUAUUGACGGCGAGAUCAGAAAAACAAAUCCGAACAUUCCUUUGGUCGAUCCAAGAAACGAUCUUCUCAAAGCAAUUCGAGACGGAAUAAAAUUGCGUAAAGUGGAAAAGAUUGAGCAGAAAGAAGUUGAGCGUGUCAAUGCAUUAAACGAUGUUGCAUCGAUAUUGGCGCGUCGAGUAGCUGUUGAGUUUAGUGAUAGCGACACAGCAUCCGAGAGCGAGUGUGAUAGUGAAGGUUGGGGCGAACAGGACACAAGUGUAGCGUGACCAACAUCGCUACCAGCAACAAUCACUACAAUCAUCUAAAUCAAUGAUUUUUAUAGUUCGCCUUCUUGUUUUCUCGACAAAGCCCCUUCCCCCCGGCCCCAUUCCUCCCGUAAGUUAAUUUAUUUCAUUUUUUUAAAUAUCAAAUUGAUCAAUUCUCGUUCGGCAAAAACGUGUGUGUGUGUACCAAAGUUUAGCGAAUGACAUUCUUAUCAAAUUGUUUUUUUAUCUAUCGAGUUACAUAUCACACGCUUACGAAAAAGAACACUCGUGAAUAAUUGAAUAAAUUUUUUUUUGAAUUUAUUACGAAUUUUUGCAAAAGAGAAAAAAUGAAAGGAAAUUGAUUGAAUUUUUCAAUCGAUUCACUUUAAUUUUUAAUAACAUUUUCUAUUAAAUGGAAAUUACAAUUUUGCAUUUGUUCAAGAAUGAUCUUGAUUUGAUCUUGAUAAAAGAUGACAAAUUUACAAAACCUGAAAGUAAAUUCCUUCUAAUUCGCAAAAAUUCCUUCUACUAUCGGGGGUUUUUGUUUUUGAUAAUAUUUUGUUUAAGAUUGUUUUUUUAAAUAAAGUAAUGUAAUGAAAUUUAUUUUUUUUUUGUAAAUUUUUUACUUGUACAUUUUUUUUUAAUUUAAACAGAAGAUUAUGAAUAGUGACAAAGUAAUCCCAGAAAAGUCAAAAUAAUUUUAUCUUUACAACCCGGGAGACUUUGGUCGCUUUAAUAAGAAAUUUUAUAUUUCAAAGUAGAAGUGUCUAUAAUAGAAAAAGCUCAUAAAUUAUUAUUAUUACUAUUAUUAUAAUAUUAUAUUAUUAUAUAUUAUUAUUAUAUUAUUUUUUUAUAUUAUUAUUUUAAUAUUAUUAGAUAUCAUUAUUAUUAGAUACAGCCAAGAAAUUUAGAUCGCAGAGAUACAUGUUGUAAAAUAGACAUUUUUACCUUAGCGUAAUUACGUUUUGGUUGAGAGAAAGAAAUGAAAAGAUGACACGCACAUAAUCAUCUCGCUUUUCAAAAUAUUCGGUGUUAAUCGCUAGGAAAUAACGAAAAAAGAAAACAGGAAAAAAAAGAUUUAAAAAAAUACCUUUUUCUGGAACAUACAUUCUGCAUGAUUAAUAGUCAACGCGAAUGUUUAUCCAUUUACCUGUUGAUAAUAAUUAGAUAUCUAUAAUCAUGAAUAGAUAAAAUAAAAUUAAAUGCUUUACACUAAACGUGCGUGUGAAAUCUGUGUAAAUGCCAAAACAGACAAAUAUUCGUGUUAUUCUCGAUUAUUAACAAAUGAAAAGCAAAAAUAAAAAAAAAAUCCUUUUUACAUACUUUGUGUCUGUGUAUGUAUGUAAAAAGAAAUAAUUGGUACAUUUUAUAUGUCACAAGUUGGAAAGUAUAUUAGAUACCUAAUAAGAAGAAAAUAUAGUAGAGAUAAUAAAUCUCUAUUAAUAAAAGAAAAUCUUUUUUUGCUUUUUAUUUGAAAUGAAGGAAAAAGGAAAUGUCGAAAACCAAAAUACUCCACUAUUAUGUAAGUUGUAAACGAUGAUGUAAUUACGGUUUGCGUAAGAAGAGUAUUUUUUAGCCUUUAGCGAAAACCGAAAAAUAGUUUAAAAAAAAUACUGUUAUCGAGAUGAUUGCAUUGACCGAUUUUCUGGCCAAUGAAAAAUAAAAAGGAGGAAAAAAAUAUAAUUGUGAUUUAUUUUACAUCGAUGUUGAUGGAGUACGGUGACAAUGAAUAAUAUAAAAAUUAUAAAUAUAAAUAUAAAUAAAAUGAAAAACAAAUAUAUAUAUAUUAUAUAAUUAUAAUAAUGUAUACUGUUCGUUAAGAUUUGCGCAUAAUCUUAUGUGUUCGAUUCAAAUUAAUUAUAUAUAGAUAUUAAUUAAAAUAUUUGUUUUUUUUACAAAAUGAUAAUUGGAUAAGAGCGAUGAGAAAAAUAGAAUAUUAUUCUGCACUUCAAGUGCAAGAUUGAAAGAUUGAUUUUACCAAAAUCAGUGUGAAUUUUGAGAAAUGUUCACGAAAUUUGCAUUUUGAAAAGAUUCUGUGUAUUUGUCUUUUGAUUUAUUCAAAUAAGAAAAGAAAAAGUUUUUUAAGCAAUGAAGUUGUAAAGAAUUAACAGUAAUUCGCUAAUUUUACAAAAAAAAUGUCGAUUUACUUGUCGGUUUUUUGUGACAGUCUCGGUUUGAAAAUAAUCUACAAAUAAGUUUUUUUUUAAAAACGAUAAAAUAUUUAAAAAAGUAGAAAAAAAUUGUCAUAAGAAAGAUUUAUAAGGAAUAUUAUAGAAGGAAAAAAUUUAAAAAAAAAUUUAACAUUUGCUUUUUUAGUUAUUAAAAAAAUUAUUUAACAAGUAGAAUAUUAUAAAUUUAUUUAAAAUUAUGUAUGGAUUCUGUUAAAAUUUGUCAAUAUUUAAAAAUGUUUUCUAAACGCCAAAGAUUUUGUUGAAUAGAAUCGUAAAGAAUAGAAUUAAAUUAUAAAUUUAUUGUGUUGAUUAAAAAGAAAAUUAAAAUUAUAUUUCAAUUAUAUUUCAUCUUUAUAAUUAAGUCGAAAUUUUAAUUAACUCAUAAAAUUGAAAAGAAUAUAAUUAUAUAUACAUUGAAUUGAAAUUAAUGUUUAAUACAUUUUUAAAAAAUUAUAAGGAACUAGAAAAAUUUAAAUCGAGAUUGUCGCGACUUAAUAGACCUGAGGUUUGAUUGCCAAUUUUUGCAUUUACUUACUGAACGAAACUAUAAAUUAAGAAAACUAAAAAGAAAAGAAAUAAUAUAGUUUCUCUGAAGAAAGACGUGUACAAUUCCUUUUUUUUAUUUUCAAUUCUAGGCGAUCGCUAUUACGAUAAAUAUAAUUGUAAAACAAUAAUCGAAAACACUUUUCUGUACUAUGUUUAUAUAUAAAUAAUUGAAUGUAUACAGAGAUUAUAAUUAAACACGAGACUUGUCGAUAAAAUGAUUGAUAAGUAUUUUGUUUGAUUACUUUGUAUAUAAACUAAUAAGUAAGCUACAUUUAUAAUAAUAAGGACUUUAGAAUAAUUCUCAGCUAUUUCGCCAACUACUACGCAGUAUUUAUCGGGGACUCUGUAAUAUACAGAUAAAUGAAAAAGGAAAAAUUAUGUGCUACCAAUAAUUCGAUCUCCUUUUGAGGCAUACAUAUUAUAUACGUGUACAUUUUUCAGAUUUAAAAUGGUCUAACUUUCAUUCUUGCAUUUCUAUGAUUAUAAAUAUGAUAAUUCACAAUAGUCUUUUACAAUCUAAAAUAUCGAAAAUCGAUUAAUGAUAAUAAGAAAAAAGAAAAUUGAAUAUUUUUUAAUAAAUAAAUAUUUGUACAAGUCUUGCUUCGUCAAUGCAAAACAAAAAUAUAUAGUUGUAUAACUUGAAUUUAAAUAAUUCCUAAAAGUUUGAAUAAUGUCAAAGAGAAUUUCUUAUUCCAUAGUCCGUAUUAUUAGCCGAAUAAUUAGCAAAAACAGGUUGAUAUAAUUUUUCGUAAUUAUUUUUUAAUAAUUAAAUUCUUUCUAAUUACAAUUUUUUUUAAUCGGAAGAGAAUUUUUUUUCUAAAUUUGAUUUUAUUUAUAAUUUUCGCAAUUGGUUCAAAUGUUUGUCAACUUUAUCAUUAAUAAUGUUAAUAUUAUUGUCAUCUUUAUCAUAAUCCACAAUAUCUGUUGAAUUGUCUACGAAUUAAAAAAGUACAAUUAUUAAAAUUUCCUCUAAUAAACGACGCGAAUUUAAUUUGAUAAAUUCUUGUAUAAGCUGUUAAUUAUUAUUUUAUUCAUUUCUCAAUUAUUAUUGGUUCGGCGAAGCAGAUUAUUUAUAACAAUUUUUUUUAUUCGCAAAUCUGAUAAUUAUUAUAGCAAUAAUUGAAUUCUCAAUGUCAAAAUUCGUUACCAUAAUAACAAAUGUUUCUAUCUAGUAAAUAAUUAAACAUAAUAAUAAUAAAAAAUAAUAAUAAUAGUAAAGUAAUAAUAAUGAUAAAAAUAAUAUUAAAACAAUAAUGAUGUCACUUAUUAAUGAAGUUCAUUCUGUCCAAAAGUGAACUUUCAAUUAAUUUUAAUUAUUAAUUGUCUGUAUAUAAAAUUUAAUUGUAUUCGAUUAUUAAUUAAUGAAUAGUUUAUUAUUACGAAUUUAAUUUUUUUAAUCGUAUGGUAAAAAUCAUAAUGUUUUAAUUUUGUAUUUGAAGAAAUUUAUACAUUGAUUCUUGACUUGUUUUAUUUGAAAGCAAAAAAUUGAAAUUUAAUUAAUUUAAUAUUGAAUUUAAAAAUUCUGUGACAAUUCAGCAGUCUUUCUUCAAAUGAAAAAAGAGAAACAAUUAAUUGUGAAUUAUAAUUAAUUCAAGUUUGCAUUUGUUUUUUUUUUAAUAUUUUAGAGCUAAAAUAAUGAAUUUAUGAAAUAACUGUGAUUUUGCAUUUUUCUUUAAUAUUUUUCACAUUUUUUUAAAACAAAUUUUUUAAUUUAAGAUCGUACAAUUUUUUUUUCACAAAACCGAAGCCCUAUACUUGAAAGUGAAGACCUUUUAUAAUAAGUAUAAACAAAAACACAAGUCAUUUCCGCCAGUUGCCUAUAGCUUUUACUGUGUAAAAAAAAAUUUCUUGGCCAACUUUGAUUUUUGCUACUUAAAAAAAAUUAAAUAUAAAUAUAAUCAAUAUUACCCUUUUGCCUAUAUUGAAAGUGUUUUUUCACAUUUUGCGGUGGCUAAAUUUUCUCAAUGAUUAUUAUGAUAAUAUUUAAAACAAAAAUAAUAGAAACAAAUUGAAAAACAAGACCGCAAUUUUGGAAAAAAAUAAACAAGAAGAGGAAAUGAAUGAAAAAAAAAAAUGAUUGCAUAUUUAUGCAACUGUGGAUGAGAUUUAUAUGUACUUUUACGAUACAUGUCUCCGGUACACGUAUUUAUACUAGACAAAACUGACUCAACUACACAUUGAUCGUUACUAUAAAAAAACACUGUAAUUGUAUUAUUAUAAUAUUAUUAUUAUUACAUUUGUAGUAAAAUUGUACAGGCCAAAUAAAGUUUCGUAAAUCGACCGAAA